CCCUUGCAGACUGAGAAAGUUUUCCAUGCUGGGAUGGAGGUGAUUACCCACCGCUAGCUGUGGGAAGAGGGCUGAGCCUUUCAAGCUGCUGGGGGAACUUGAAGAGAGCAGGGGGAGGAGGAGGAGGAGGAGGAGAGGAAGGAUUGAUAUAACAAGAGCGUCUGUCUCUGCGCAAUCCUCACUCACUCCAAGUGUUUGAACCCAGAGCGAAACAGGGGAGCGGGCUUUCCAUUCAUCUGCAGCGCUGAGCAACUUUUCAUCUUUGAGUCUGUGGCGCGAGUCCGUUCACUUUAUCACACUCACUUAUUGACGUUAUCUAGAUUUUUCUUCACAGCUGAAAGACGAGACAACGAAGACGCACCAGCACAUCUGCUGCUUCCACGAGUCCUCCGAGUUGGGAAGUUUGUUUUCCCGCACACUUGCGUGACAUUUGCUUUAAGGACUCGAGAGCCUGUCAGAGUUCCUCCAGCUCCACCGCGUGGUGCGGGAGUUUUCAGCUGAUCCGGGGAGUUCUCCAAUGCAAAAGUACAUGUAUGAGAAAGCUAUGGCCCAAGAGACAAGGAACGGUGGAACCUCUACGUUAAAUAACAACAACGGCGUUGACAACAGCAAGAAGAAGCUGUUGAUAGCGCUCGACAUCUUCUGCCUUCUUCUUGCUAUGCUGCCGAGCCUGGUUCUGCACCGCAACUCGGUUCGACCCUACCAGAGGGGUCUGUACUGCAGUGACUCCAGCCUGAAUUACCCCUACAAGAACAGCACUGUUUCCUCCUCAGUGCUUACCGCUGUUGGGUUGACACUGCCCGUGGUGUCCAUUGUGAUUGGGGAAUGCUACAGGAUUCACCAGCUACAUGAGGGAACCAAGUCUUUCAUCGGGAAUCCCUACGUUGCCGCUCUCUAUAAACAGAUGGGCGUGUUUCUCUUCGGUUGUGCGGUCAGCCAGUCAUUCACAGACAUCGCCAAGGUGUCGGUGGGUCGCAUGAGACCCCACUUCAUAAAUGUGUGCAGGCCGGACUUCUCCACCAUCAACUGUUCACUGGGAUACAUCACCAACUACACCUGCACUGGUGACGCGAGUGAUGUUCAGGAGGCCAGGAAAUCCUUCUUCUCAGGACAUGCCUCUUUCUCAAUGUUCACCAUGCUCUACCUGGCUUUCUACCUCCAGUCCAGGUUUACAUGGCGUGGUGCUCGUCUCCUCCGCCCGUUGCUCCAGUUUACCCUGUUGAUGAUGGCGUUUUACACCGGCCUAUCACGCGUCUCCGACCACAAGCAUCACCCGACUGAUGUCCUGGCAGGCUUUGUGCAGGGAGCCCUGGUGGCCUACUGCAUAGUGUUCUAUGUGUCAGACCUGUUCAAGCACAGGGUAAAGCCGGCCACGCCCCCACCAUCCCCAAUCAAGAAGGAGCUGCUGCCUUCGUCCGACAUCAUCGAGAGGAACAAUCACCACAACAUGGUGUGAGAGAGGCCACACCUCUUUUCCUGUGACCGAGGAGCCAAUAACAGCGCUGCUCGCCUCCCAUCGGACAGUAGAAUGUAGCGACGAGAGACUGUAGCUGCUUCUCAAAUGGCACCCUCCUCCUCCACCCUUUUUUGUAGUGCCCGGCCAGGCACUUUGUGGACUAGGGUGUCAGAUUUGAGAAUUGCACAGCAGAGUCCACUCUCACUAUCCAGACUUGUUAUUUUCUUUUACGUUAACUACUAAACAACAUUUGAGCCCAUUGUUUUUGAGCAAAAACUGAAAAGAAUUGGAAGCUAAAAGACAAAAUUAAUUAAGAAAUUGAUGACUUGACAGACAGAGCUGAGGGUGUGGAGGUUUGAUAGAAGUGUAACCACCUGAAGGUAAAAACACUUAUGAAGAAAAUGAAGAAAAGAGACAAGAUGAAAAAAAAAGACAAACCCCCUGCCCAGGGAGGGAGGGAGUUUCAGCGACGCCUCCUCUCUGAACUCUCUGUGGCCUCGGAACGCCGUUGGACAACAACUUCCUUUGCUACGGGAAGGAUAUUACUGCAAUAACUAGCAGCAUAGAAAUAUUAACAUUAUAGAAAAGUAUAACUUAUAGCACUGUUUUUAAGUCCAUUGUCCGUUAUCACCACUUGCUGCCUGAGAUGUCUGACUGAAAGAAAGUUUGACGAUGCUGAAUAUCCACGAGACAGAUAUACUGACUCCUUAAAGCCAACCGAGCCCAGUGUGGUCCUCUCACAAGACCUCAUCCUCAGGCCGGACGAAGAGGCUUUCAUAACAAUAACUCCUCUGCCCCUGCAAAGAUCACACACUGAUCUCUUUAGGCCCAUACAACAUCUUUCAGAGCAGUUUCUUUUCAAAAGUUUGGAAAGUGGAGCCCUCCAACCUCAUGUCUCUGUCUCCUGAUUCAGCACGUCAGGCUUUUUAAGUAUCGGACUGUCAGUGCAGCCUAAACCCGGGAUGUUGCAUUUCUUGAGGGUUAGAUGUAGUAAAGCAGGGAUAUUUUCUGUGGAGGGAGGGAGACAGAUCUCACAGCAGCCCCCUUCCAGCACCUGUACAAGAGACGUGGCUGUGCCAUGCCUCUCUCUGGUGCUGGGGCCGUCUGUUGAGCCUCCUGAACGGGAGAGAGAAUGGGUGGGCACAGUGAAGGGGGAGGGGGGGUGCGGUCUGUCGCCGUAGAAAGAGGGUGAUGAUUUACAGCUAAGCUGGCACAUUAUUUUGGGUUGAUUUGGGCUCUUUCCGCUGGCAGGGAGGGGCCUCUCACCCACCCAAUCACUCGUUGGCAAUGGAUGUUUGUGUGUCAAUAUGUGUGUGUGUGUGUGUGUGUGUGUAUGUGUGUUUGUUUGUGUGGGUGUGUGUCCUUUAUAGGCUUGUGCUUGUGUGGGUACACUUGUACUUGUACAUGUACAUCUUGUGUUUGUGUGUGUAAAUAUGUUUGAGCGCUGUGCCCUGUGAAACCCCCUCUUGAUAAACAGUGUGUCGAAUGAAACACACACACUGUCAGCUGUGCCAAGUCUGUGUGUUUAUGUGUGUGUGUCUUUGUGCGUGUGCCACUGUGUGUCAGAGAGCGAGAGAGCAGGUGGACGUUAUACAAAAAAAACCUGUGGAUCUAAUAUUUUUAUUCAUAUCUUUAACCUUGUAUGUUUAUAGCCUGUCUCGUAUAAUCACUAACAGUUGUACAGAACCAGAAACAGACGCCCUUUUUAUUUUCAGCCUACUCAGACAUCCUCCUCCAACAACACACUCCGCCAUGUUGCACAUCUUUCUCAUCGUAUAGUCCGUCCUAUCAUUUCACAAAGCCGUUUCACUCUCUUUUUAUAAAUAUAUAAAUAAUGUAUAGAUGACUAAAAAUAACUCUGUAAGAUAUUUGUUUAACAUGUUUAGAUAUAUCCACUAUGAUUACAGACCUGUGUUCUUUACAAAAUGCUGCUUCAAAAGCAUCAAUUGACAGAUUUUUGUAUCUAAAUAACUAUUGUAGAUUGUUAUAGUUAUGUUUGUAAUAUGCAUUCAAAAAAAUACAUCCACAAUUGUAUUAAAAUUCAAUAUUAGUA